AGGCGAGGUCGGGGCUUUGAUUGCUCCCCUGGAGACUUCCGCUUUCCCAGAACGCUGGCUUUCCCCAGAAGGUAGGAGAGAAAGAUGACGAAGUUCCGGGAAGUGGUGACGUUCAAGGACGUGGCUGUGGUCUUCACCGAGGAGGAGCUGGGGCUGCUGGACUCCUCCCAGAAGACGCUGUACCGAGACGUGAUGCUGGAGAACUUCCGGAACCUGGUCUCUUUGGGUGGAUAUCAGUUCUUCAAGCCGGAUAUGAUCUCACAGUUGGAGAGAGAGGAGACGCUCCAGACCCAGGACGGCUGGUGUUCAGGAGGCAGAAAUCAAAAGGAGCUGGAGACUCCUGAAGCAGCAAUAAGAUGCCUUUCCCUGGGAGAGCUUUCAUGCUGGCAAAUCAGGGGACAUGUGAACAAAUUAACUCGCAGUCAAGACUUCGUGAUGAGUAGUCAAGGAAAGAGGGCUCGCUUCCCCAAGCCAAGGGAUCCCCCCUGCCAAGGCGAGGAAGGUGUUGCUGAAGAUGACAACUGUCUAACGGAUCAUAGAGGGGAUGAAUCCAAUGUUAUCAAAACUCAAGAAUUUCCAGCUGGGAGAACUCAGAAUUCCUGGAACAAAAUAUACCUGAGUGAGACCCAGAAUUUCCAAGGACAUUGUAUGCAAACUCAAAUGAAAACCAGAUUAUGUGUAUUUCCUCCCUGUGUGGACCUUUUCAGCUGCAUGUCACACCAUCACAACAAUGUCAUGUGCAAAAAGGACAAGACUUAUUACAACACUACCUAUGGGAAAGACAUCACCUUAACGAUAUCAUCGCUCAACCAGCAUAGUGGAAUUCUCCCAGGACAGAGAAGGUUCCAGUGUACAGAAUGUGACAGUGCCUUCAGUGAUCGCUCCAGCCUUGAACUCCAUCAGCAGCAGGUCCACUUGGGAAAGAAGCCCCCUACAUGUAGUGCACGAGGAAAGGGCGUCCGUCAUGGCUCAGGUAUUCCAGACCAACGAAGUGCCCGCAUGGGGAAAAAACGCUAUUGGUGUCAGGAAUGUGGCAAGGGUUUUAGUCAGAGCUCCAACCUGCAAACUCAUCAGAGAGUCCACACCGGGGAGAAACCCUACACGUGCCACGAAUGUGGUAAGAGCUUCAAUCAGAGCUCCCAUCUUUACGCGCAUUUGCCUAUUCACACGGGAGAGAAGCCCUACCGGUGUGACAGCUGUGGGAAGGGCUUCAGCCGUAGCACAGAUCUUAACAUUCACUGCAGAGUCCACACUGGCGAGAAGCCUUACAAAUGUGACGUGUGCGGGAAGGGCUUCACCCAGAGAUCACAUCUUCAAGCCCACCAGAGGAUUCACACCGGAGAGAAGCCAUACACAUGUGGGGAUUGUGGCAAACGCUUCAGCUGUAGCUCAAACCUUCACACCCAUCAGAGAGUCCACACGGAAGAGAAACCAUACAAAUGUGACGAGUGCGGUAAGUGCUUUAGUCUGAGCUUUAAUCUCCACAGUCACCAGCGGGUCCACACGGGAGAGAAGCCCUAUAAAUGUGAAGAGUGCGGUAAGGGGUUCAGUUCAGCCUCCAGUUUUCAGAGCCAUCAGAGGGUCCACACAGGCGAGAAGCCUUUUCGAUGUAAUGUGUGCGGGAAGGGCUUCAGUCAGAGUUCAUAUUUUCAAGCCCACCAGAGAGUCCACACUGGAGAAAAACCAUACAAAUGUGAGGUGUGUGGGAAGCGAUUCAACUGGAGCCUGAACCUCCACAAUCAUCAGAGAGUCCACACAGGGGAGAAGCCCUAUAAAUGUGAGGAAUGCGGUAAGGGUUUCAGUCAGGCCUCAAAUCUUCAAGCUCAUCAGAGCGUCCACACUGGGGAAAAACCAUUCAAGUGUGAAGCGUGCCAGAAGCGAUUCAGCCAAGCCUCCCAUCUUCAAGCCCAUCAGAGAGUCCACACAGGAGAGAAGCCCUAUACAUGCGAGACCUGUGGUAAGGCCUUCAGCCAGAGGUCAAAUCUUCAAGUCCAUCAGAUCAUUCACACUGGAGAGAAACCAUUUAAGUGCGAGGCGUGUGGGAAGGAAUUCAGUUGGAGUGCUGGGCUCAGUGCUCAUCAGAGGGUCCACACGGGGGAGAAACCAUAUACAUGUCAGCAGUGUGGUAAGGGCUUCAGUCAGGCCUCCCAUUUUCACACACAUCAGAGGGUCCACACUGGAGAGAAGCCGUACAUCUGUGAUGUCUGUUGCAAGGGUUUUAGUCAGAGAUCACAUCUCGUGUACCACCAGAGAGUCCACGGAGGAGGUCAUCUGUAGAGAUUGGAGGUGUGAUGGGGCCUGCAGUUAAAGUUCACAUCUUCAUUUCCACUGAAGAGUCCAUGCUCACUGUGCGAAGUGAUCCCUUGAGAACUUGGACGCCUCAUCAAAGGAUCUUAAGAGAGAUCGGUAUCUUUUAAGGACUCUGUUGGAAAGGAAUCCUUUCUAGCAUCAGAUUCCACAGAGAAGAGAAAACCUUAUUUGUUUAAUAAACAUGGUCAGUAUUUGUAGCUCCUGUUUAGGGAAGAAAAUUUUCAUCAUCUUAAUCGCCACCACAUAGAAUAUACAGUACCUGGAUAGCCAGCAAUGGUUGAAUAACAUGGAGGAAAGACCCCAUAAUUCAGACAAACGUGGAAAGUUUUCAUCCGUUUCCUACCCCAAAUUUGUAUUAAAAUAUACUCAGAAAGAAUUCUGCAAGUAUUCUUAACAUUACUUUCAAGAAACCAACAUUAACCAAGCUGCCAAAGUCAUGUGAUAUUGUUAUCCACAGUAAUACAAAUUUGAAAGGCUUUGAAUGGCUUCAUUCAUCCAGUUUCCGUUCCGUGUCCAGUAUCAUCAAUUGCGUAUGGUAUAACUUUUAAUAUCAUUAGUUUGUAUUUUGUAGACUUUUUUUUUUAACUGAUGAGCCCCUGCAGUUUACACAACUGAAUUGUCCAGCUCCCACUAAGGUAGGGUUUUCUUGUAUCUCUGAAUUACUUAGCAACAAAAUAGUUUCUUAGUAAACUUGAGUUGAUAAUAA